AUAAGCAAAUGAGAAAACAAAUAAAAAUUAUUUUGUCUUUCUAGAAUUUCGUCGACUCUGUGACUCUGUUCAUAUAUUACUUUGCGGGAAGGACAAAGCUGUCGAAAUUCUGGUUUUUCUUUCUUUUGUUAAAUUUUUCUUUCUGAAUUAAUUUCAUUUCCUUCUCUCAUAAGCUUGUUCUGUACAGUCCGAGAACUCUCAAAUUAUCAUCUCUCUCUCUCUCUCUCUCUAUCUCUCUGAGCUAGAGCUGUUCGCCAUGGCCGGUCGCUACGAUCACAACCCCUUCGACGAAGAAGAAGAAGUCAAUCCUUUCUCCGACCCAGGAGUUAGGGGUAAAGCGUCAGGGCAGUCGAAAUAUGGUGGGGGUGCUUUUUAUACAACAAAUUCUGGAGGUGUCGCACCAGCCAAAGACUCAAGGUUGUCUCCUCUUCCUCCGGAACCUGUUGAUUUCAAUUAUGGUCGUGGUGCUACAAUCGAUAUACCUAUGGACUCAACUGCGGAUUUGAGAAAGAAAGAGAAGGAACUCCAAGCGAAGGAAGCUGAGUUGAGAAGGCGUGAGGAGGACAUAAAACGAAGAGAAGAAGCUGCGGCUCGCGCUGGAAUUGUUCUUGAAGAGAAGAAUUGGCCACCUUUCUUUCCGAUUAUCCAUCAUGAUAUUGUAAAAGAUAUACCAAUUCAUUUACAAAAAGUUCAGUAUAUUGCAUUCUCAACAUGGUUAGGACUGAUCCUUUGUCUUCUCUGGAAUAUCAUAGCUGUUACUACAGCAUGGAUUAAAGGGGAAGCGGUGAAGAUCUGGUUCCUUGCGCUGAUCUAUUUCAUAGCAGGUGUCCCUGGCUCCUAUGUGCUGUGGUACCGUCCACUAUAUCGUGCUUUUAGGAGAGAAAGUGCUUUUAGAUUUGGAUGGUUUUUCAUGUUUUAUCUGCUUCACAUUGCUUUCUGCAUUUUUGCUGCAGUUGCUCCUCCAAUCGUCUUUAAAGGAAAAUCUCUCACGGGCAUUCUGCCUGCGAUAGACCUUAUAGGGAGCCAAGUUUUGGUUGGGAUCUUCUACUUCGUUGGAUUUGGACUAUUCUGUCUUGAAUCGUUGGUCAGCAUCACAGUUAUUCAGCAAGUAUACACGUACUUCCGAGGCAGCGGCAAAGCUGCAGAAUUGAAGCGUGAGGCUGCAAGAGAAGCCAUGAGGGCAGCACUAUGAAGCUAGUGGGGAAAAGGAAAGACAGCGACUCGGUAUGGAUUUAGGUUGUAUAUGCCAUUAGCCACAGGAAUUUUCUGGUAGAAAUAUUUGUUUGACCAUUUCUUUUGCUAUACCUUGUUUCAAUACUAUGUUUGAGUGCUGCUUCUGUAGUAUUGUGUAUCAUGAUUCGUGCAUGACAAGGAGACCUUGGUAAAUACAAAAUACAGGAUCGUUGGAAACA